AUGUAUGAUAAGGACCAGCUAAUUGCUUUUGAUGUUCACUCAGCUUAUUUUGCUGAUGAACACUUGAUUGAUGUGCAUAAUUUGAGAUUUGAUGAUUUUGUCUACCAGGAUGGACAAGAUGAGGGUGAUGUUGAUUGUUUAAUGAAUUAUGAGAAUAAUCACGUUGAUUUGGAUGUUGAUUAUUUGAUGAAUUAUGAUAAUAAUCAAGUUGAUUUGGAUGUUGAUUUGGAUGUUGAUGUUGAUGUUGAUGUUGAUGUUGAUGUUGAUGUUGAUGUUGAUGUUGAUGUUGAUGGGGAUAUGGAUGUGGAUGUGGAUAUGGAUGUGGAUGUGGAUUGA